GAUCAUUGUAACCAUUACAACUCGGUUGCAGCUAGGGGGAGUGUCAAGACAUUGCAAAGUGGGUCCUGUAAUGGAAAGUUUUGCCUGUCAUCGACAAUGUUAUUUUUGGAAAGCUCAUGUCCCUCCUCCGAAGUUUCAGCUCAGCAGCAGGUUGUAUUUCACAGGCUCCAGCUGAUGGAAACCAUGUCCUGUCAUUGCGCGCCGCCGCUGGUAAAGCAGCUAAGAACCUUAACUUGAAGUUGAGGAAGAAAAGUUCAGCCCAAGGUAUUGAGAGAGCAGCAAUAGAGAAAGUUGGACUGAGUUACAAUGGGAGAAUGGAACUUCCUCAGCGAUCUACUCGAUUCCAUCAAAAGCCACUCACCUUUGCUGGGUCGCAUUUGGCUCCUGCUGAUGGUGAUUUUCCGAAUUCUCGUCCUGGCCACGGUGGGCAGUGACAUUUUUGAGGACGAGCAGGAGGAGUUUGCCUGCAACACACUGCAGCCAGGCUGCAAACAGGUCUGUUACAACAAGGCCUUUCCUAUUUCACCAUUCCGGCUCUGGGUGUUCCACAUUGUGAUUCUGUCUAUCCCGACUCUGAUAUUUGUGGCCUAUGCUAUGCACCUGUCCUCGAAAGGUGAGAAGGAAGAGCGCGUCCGCAUCGUCCAGAAGGAAGGGCUGGCUUUUGAUCAGCCAAGGAUACAGAAAUUAUACAUGAUUCAAGUGAUUCUCCGUCUGAUCAUUGAGAUUGGCCUCAUCAUUUCUCAGUUUUUAAUAUUCGGCUUUACAAUCGAACCCCAGUUUCUCUGCAUCGGUUUCCCAUGUCCUCACACUGUAGACUGUUUUGUUUCCCGUCCUAUGGAGAAGACCGUGUUUUUGAUGUUCUAUUUUGUAGUUGGUGUUCUUUCUGCAGUUGUUAGCUUUGUAGAAUUGGUUCACGUUUUUCGCAAAUUGUUUUACAGGAGGCCACUGAAAGCCUGCGAGCAACAGAAUCGGUCAAACAGUGACUAUGAGAAAGGUAGGGACUCCCACUCAGUGCAGUUAAUAGACAAGAGAGGUGCAAUCAGCCACAAAACCAGCCAUUCUGAUAUGGAGUCCACUCAUAAGAGCAAAUCAUUAGACAGCAGUAACAGUGCAAGAUCCUCACGGUCAAGUACAAAGAAACCCCCUCUUCAUAUCUAAGAGGAACAGGCGUAGGAUCUGAUUGGUCAUGGACUGGUAUAUCAAACAACUUGCAAGCAAAACAUAAAUGCCAGACACUGAAAUCUUCAAAAGUUCAAAAUCAGGUCUGAUCAGAACCUUCUGUGGGUUAACAGAGGCAGAACAAAAUUGACUGUUCAUUCAAUCCCAGUUUCACUCUGUCCCAAUGCUUGUGUUUUUUUGGUUUGCCUAAUCGUUGCUAUGGUUAUUUAAAGGAUUGCUGUCAAAACAGUGAAAGUUGUUAAAGUAUUCUGGAAAUUGACGAUCUUUUUUUUUAAAAAGGGCACAGAGAAUAUUUCCUCAGGGAGUGUGUGUUUAAGUGGGAUGUGGGGGUCAGGUUGCGGAAGGGCGGGUGGGUGGUUGGUCGAAUCCAUAAUUCAACAGAUUGCAGCAGAAUAGAUUGGAUCUGUGAAGUCACUGACAAUGGGGAAGACAGAAAUAUGGCUUGUCCCUGUUGGAAAGCAAAGUGACUAUUCAAUAGGUUGGCGAUUUCUUAAAUUUGGACAGAAAACACCUUUCCUCUCCUUUUACCAACUAUGCAGCCUGAUUAAAUCUACAAGGUCCUUACUGAAACAGAUUGGGGAUUAGGUGUAGCCUAUUGUGGCGAAAGCCUAUAAACAACACAAUAUUAUCAGUAGCCACUUCAUUGACCCAGUAACUAGCAUGAAUGUGUGAGGGUGCAAAUGUCUCACGAGUGAAGUUGGGUCUGGUUAGUUUUAGCUGGGGAUUUGCAGGAAGGCAUUCAGGGGCCUAAAGCACUCAGUGUGGUACAGUGGCUCAGUGGUUAGCACUGCUGCCUCACAGCACGAGGGACCCGGGUUUGAUUACAGCCUC